GAUCAUCAGCAAUCCUAACUCCAACACUGGCAUAAAUGUGCGUCCUUCAACAUCGCGCCUUUCAGAACGUAACGACGUCAUUCUGGGUCAAGAGAAAGUGCGUCAUCGCCCUGCAGCAGCACGAGACAAUGCAAGGACUUUUAUUAUUUGUCUAACUAUAAUUUCUAUUGAUAACAAAAUUACUAAAAACAUCUCAUCUUACUUACCUUUACUUUUUCACCCAGAAACUUA